CAGAUUUAGAUUGAAAUGAUUAGUGUUCCCAAGAACAACAACUAGUUAACAACUAAAAAUAACUUCAUAAUGUUAAAUAAUUAUUUUUUAACUCUAACAAUUUUAAUUGCCGCUUCGACUUUGAUCCCGGCACAAAUCAUUACUCCCGGUAGCUGUCCCCACAAUAUACAAGUUGUAGAAAAUUUUGAUGUUAACAAAUAUCUGGGCAAAUGGUAUGAAUAUGCCAAAUAUCCUGUACAUUUUGAGAAGAAUGGUAAAUGUAUUUGGGCGGAAUACACCCUAAAUAAUCAAAAUAGUAUUAAGGUUAAAAAUGCCUUAAUAAAUGAAAAUACGAACAUAUAUUCGGAUAUUAUGGGUUCAGCUACUUUAGUUUCAAAUGCUAAAUUAUUGGUUAAAUUCCCUGUUUCACCGGUUAUUACAGUUUCCAGCAAUUAUUGGAUUUUGGCUACAGAUUAUGACAAUUAUGCUGUAGUUUAUUCAUGUAUUCCCAAGUCAGAUAAUUCUCAUGGCACUAUUGUUUGGAUUUUGACACGCCAACCUAUACCGCAGCCAAAUAUUGUUGAAAAGUCUAUGGAUAUUCUGAAGCAGAACAACAUUUCUUUGCAGGAAUUAAAAGUCACCAAUCAGAUUUCUUGUUCUGAAGGAAAUGUUUAAUUAUAAGUUUAUGUAUGUGCUUCUGAAGUUAUUACAGGUUAUAUCGAAAAAAACUAAGCAAUAAAGAAUUUUUUAAUUAUCAAAA